AUGGCUGCCAACGACUACUACAACACCAACGCAAACUCAUAUCCGCAUGCCAACCCCUACCACGACACUCCACUACCACCCUUGCCGCCGCAAUCACCCUUCGACGACCGAGCAUCACGACCUUCCUACCACCAGGCGCCGGCGCAGUCAUAUUCAGGCGCGAGUGGGCGCAUACACGAUGACGCGGAUCCAUUUGAUGACGGUCAUGCCAUUCCCCUAAAUGGCAGAAAGCCCAAGCACGACUCGACACACACCGUCUCUCCCAUACUGCCUCACGAGCAAGACGAUCCUUUUGUGAGAGAUGCGGAUCCGCGUAAGCAGAGGCGCAGACAAGACCCUGUCAAGCAGGGCUGCUUCAAGGGCAAGAUCACAUGGGUGUGCUUUGUCUUGACGUUUGUACAGCUGGUGGUCUUCGUCGCGGAGAUCAUCAGGAAUGGAGUGUUGACAGGAUCCCCAAUCGAGAUCAAGCCAUCGUUCAAUCCUAUGAUUGGACCUUCGCCGUAUGUGCUGAUCAACAUGGGAGCGAGGUACCAGCCUUGCAUGCACAACAUGGCCAACGUACAGAACAGCAGCCUAGCCAUCUCGUGGCCGUGCCCCAAUGCGACUGCGACGACCGGGGAUAGUGUCUCCUGUCAGCUCUCUGAUCUUUGCGGCUUUAGCGCAGAUCGGAAUCCCGUCGUCAAUGGCAGUCUCGACCAGAAGCCCGAGCCUGACCAAUGGUGGCGCUUCAUUGUGCCCAUCUUCUUGCACGCGGGGAUCAUCCACAUUGGUUUCAACCUGCUACUACAGAUGACACUGGGUCGCGAUGUGGAGCUACAAAUCGGCAGCAUACGAUUUGCCGUUCUCUACUUUGCAUCGGGCAUAUUCGGAUUUGUCCUGGGAGGUAACUUUGCAGCCACUGGAAUCGCUUCGACUGGGUGUUCUGGCAGUUUGUUCGGCAUACUGGCCCUCACUCUUCUGGAUCUACUAUACCACUGGCGAGAACGGAAGAGUCCAAUCAAAGAUCUCAUGUUCAUCCUUGUGGAUGUCAUCAUCGCAUUCGUGCUUGGCUUGCUUCCUGGACUGGACAACUUCUCCCAUAUCGGUGGGUUCUUGAUGGGACUGGUGCUUGGCAUUUGUCUCCUGCGAUCACCACACGCGGUGGCACGGCGAACUUCGCACGUCCCGCCUGACUACACUUACAUCCCUCGAAACGAAGAGACGCGAAGUGAAGGCGUACGAAGCUUCAUCGAGAAUCCGCUCGGCUUCUUCAAGGACCGCCGCGGUGUAUGGUGGGCGUGGUGGCUUGUGAGGGCUGCUGCGCUGAUUGCAGUUCUCAUCGCGUUCAUCCUCUUGCUGAAGAACUUUUACGUUUGGAAGAAUGGUUGCUCCUGGUGCAAGUACUUGUCGUGCCUGCCGAUUAAGGUCAGCGGUACGGAUUGGUGUAACGUUGGUAAUCUCAAUUUCACGCCAACCGGUAACAAUGGCACCACGAAACGAAGUCUGAUGGAUGUUUUUGAGCGGGCACGCUUGAUAUAA